AUGAAAGAAUCAGAAUCCAUUUUGGAUUUCUGUUCAAGAUUGAGGGCCGUUGUGCAUCAACUAAGAAGGUACGGGGAGGAAGUAGAUGAUGUGCGUGCGGUAGAAAAGAUCCUUCACUCUUUAACACCUAAAUUUGAUUAUGUGUUGUUUGUUAUUGAGGAGUCUAAAGAUUUAGGCUCUGUAACAGUAGAACAAUUAGAAGUUUCUUUGCAAGCCAAUGAAGAAAAGAUGAAAAGGAGAAAAGAAGAGUCACUAGAGCAACUUCUUAAAACUCAAACAUCCUUUAAACAUCUAAAAGGUGUAAAAAGUUAUAGAGGAAAUGGACAAAGGCAAGGCCGUGGCGGUUGUGGUUGUCGUGGAAGAGGAAGAAGCUAUAUUAACAAAUUCAACAAUGAAGAUAAAAGCUAUCAAUCAUUCAGAGGUCGUGGUUGUGGACAACAAGGAGGUAGAGGACGUGGAGCUUAUCAAGGUACCUAUGAAAUGAGGUAUGACAAAUCUAAAAUUGAGUGUUAUAACUGUCAAAAACUUGGACAUUAUUCUUGGGAAUAUCAUAGCAAUGUUGAAGAGAAAGCUAACCUUCUCGACAACACCAAAGAUGAAGAUGAGUCAACACUGUUAAUGACACUUAAAGAAAAAGAUACAAAUAAUUGUAGUUCAUGGUAUCUGGACAAUGGAGUAAGUAAUCACAUAUGUGGACACAAAGACAAAUUUGUGGAGAUAAAGAAGACGAUGAAAGGUAAUGUGCCUUUUGGAGAUACCUCAAAGGUCCAAAUUGAAGGGAUAGAUACAAUUUUGAUAUCUUCUAAAGAUUGUAGCCAUAAAUUGUUUAAUUAG